GCCAUCUAACAAUGAUCAGUUGUCUAAACACGUGCUCGAAUUCAGCUGAUGGUUUUUGUUGAAAAAUGGAUCGUAAAAAACAACGCCGAAUUCAACGACAAGAAAAAAAGAAACGUAAAAAUCUUUAUUAUCAACAUCGAAGUACGAAACCCAUUGAAGAAGAUAUUUUACAUCAUGAAUCUAGCCAAAAUAAAAUAGUAAAAGAGAAAAAGAAGAAAAAGAAACGACCACCAAGUAAUGUAAAAUCUUCGGCACUUAUCGCACAUCAACGACGUUUAAUACGUGAAGAAGAAAAAGAAAUCAAACGAUAUGAAAAACUAUUGAAACUUCGAAGUUAUACCAAACGAAAUAAAUUACCCAAAUCAUUUUAUUUGGAUGGUUUGGCCGAUUUGAUCGAAUUCUGUAAUGGUCGAAAUGAAAAUGAUGAUGGUGAAGAAGCAGAAGAAGAUAGUAGUAAUGUUCAACAACUCGAAGAUCAUGAUAUCGAACCAUCAUCAUCAUCAGAUGAAGAAAAGGAAGAAUCAGAAGAAAGUGAAAACGAAUUAGAAUGUGAAGACGAAGAAGACAGUGAAGAAAAAAAACCUGAAGAAAGCGAAACCAAUGAUGAACUUCGUGAAGAUAUCUAUGGUUUUCUACGUGAUAAACAUGGAAACAUUGUUCAGGAACAGAAUAAUCGAAUGGACGAAGCUGAAAAAGAGAAAUUCAUUUCGAAUGUGGUUGUCGAUGAUAAUGUUCAACGAAAAUUACGUGGUCUUCUUAAUCGACUUACAUCAUCAAACAUAAGAGUUAUAAGUAAUGAUAUAAUCAAACUGAAUAGUAGCCACAGUCGUCAUAUAAUCAACAAAGGAAUAAUGAAUUGUUUGGAUAAAAUUAUUAUCCAAUGUGAACAUAGCUUACCGGCAAAAUUGUUUGCCGAAUUGGCAAUGUUGAUUGCCAUUCUGAAUUUUGAGAUGAGCGAUGAUAUUGGCGGCUAUUUCAUUCAUUCUUUGGUCUGUCGAUUCGAUGCCGCUUUCACAGAUGUAACCGCUUGGAAUGUAUCCAAUAAACGAUUGAAUAAUAUUCUUAUACUUUUGCUUAACAUUCAUACAACCGGUCUUAUUGAUCAUCAAUUAAUCUAUGAUAUAAUUGAUAAAUUUUUAGACAAACUUGACAAUGAAAAAUCUAUCGAAAUUAUUGAUUCAAUUCUUAAAACAUCUGGUUUUCUAUUACGAAAAGAAGAUCCAGCUAAAAUGAAAUCACUUAUUCUUCGUAUACAAACAUUAAGUCAUGAUUUUUUGAGCGAACAAAUGGUGGAUUCUGGUAAUCGUGUAAAAUUUAUUCUUGAAUCAUUGGUUGCCAUCAAAAAUAAUAAUAUGUCUAAAAUCAAAACAAACGAAACUGUUGUUAUGACUGAUUUGAUUGAAACAACGUUGAAAUCUGUGAUUAAAAAACCACGAGUACCUUCGAUACCUGGCCAAUAUUCAACCAUAUUACAAAGUUCACAUUGGUUUUCCUAUACUAAACAGAUUAUUCCAUUGGAAUCGAUUAAAGGUAGUGAUUUGCAACAAACAUCAUCAUCAUCAACGGCGACAACAACAACAACAAUUUUGAAUGAAACAAUCGAUUCGAAUAAACUAGAUCGAUUAUGUCGUACAUUACGAUUGAAUACACCGUUACGGCGGCAAUUAUUUUCGGCAAUAUUUACCUGUUGUGAUUAUUUAGAUGCAGCCGGUAAACUUAUAUCAAUUGGAAGAAAACAACCAGCCGAAAUAAUCAAUGUUAUAUUACAUGUUGCUAUCAAUGAAAAAUGUUUUAAUCAAUUUUAUUUUUACCUUCUGCAACAUUUAAUCAAAUUGGAUAGAAAAUAUCGAUUAGCAUUAGAUUUUGCUAUACGUGAUAAAAUAACUGAUUUACAAUCAUUAUCAACAAAUAAUCGUUUACGAUUACAACAACUAAUGUGUCAUUUAUUGAUAAAUAAUUGCCUUUCGAUUACCUGUUUGAAAGUAAUCGAAUUUUCCGAUAUGAAUGAAAUGUAUGUUGAAUUUAUACGUAAUAUUUUUCAAUUUAUUUUCAAUCAAUCGAAUGAUUCGAUUGUUAAAAUGAUAUUGGAAAAAAUACCGAAAAAAGAUAAUUUUGCUAGCGCAAUUAAAUUGUUUAUUGCAUGUUUUAUGGAUGAUAAAAGUAAAAAUAGAGCUUCAAGUAUUCAACAACAAUUACAAUCA